CCCACUGUCUCCCCCCUCUUUGUGUUUAUAUAUGUUUUUAAAAAUCUUUUUUGAGGGAAACUGCCAAGCCCCAUCCCAAAGAGCAGGGACCAAAGAGCAAAAAUAAUGUACGCGUUCGUGCGUUUCUUGGAGGACGAUAUGUGCUACGCGUUACCUGUGUCAGACGUGAAAGAUUUCCAGCCUGUGCACAAAAGAGAUUUUGAUGAUCAGAAGGUGUAUGUGGUGCUGAGAGGCGCAGGCCAGCCUGCCAAAGCACACAUCCUCGCCCUGGCAGAAAGCAUUGAGGAAUUUGAGCACAGUAUUAUGCAAAAGAAGAUGAAAAUACCCAAGAUGUCGAACAGGAACACAGUGGAGAAUCACUUUGGCGAGGAGAGAAUGCCCCUUAGACAUAAAAAGGUCCAGUCACAGGAGCAUCCGCGGGCCACUUCGAACUCCUCAAAGAGCCUGGCUGCAGUUGUGGCUCGACUGGAGAGGAACGCAGUCAACUCAUGCACAGAGGGAGAGGAGCUGGACAGACUCACAACAGAGGAGGAGGAGGAGCAGGACGAAGCCGUUGUUCCUCGCGUCCUGUAUGAAGAGCUGGUGCACAGCUACAGGCAGCAGGAAGAGGAAAUGAGACGUCUGCAGCAGGAACUGGAGCGCACACGCAGACAGCUGCUGCAGCAGGCCAAGAAGCUGAAAGAGUACGGCAGUCUGCUGACCGAAGUCAAGGAGCUGCGCGAUUUCAAUAGACGCCUACAGGACGUCCUGCUCAUGAGGCUCGGCAGCGAACCGAUGCAUGACAAUGGCACACAGACAAUCAAACCAGAGGUGGUGGAGCCCAUCAGUGAACCACAGGAAGCAUGUCAGGAGGAAGCGAACACAAGCUCCACCCACUCACCGUCCCCGAGAACGGUCUACACCUUCAAUGAUGGAAAAGUGCACUUGGGCGGAGGGAUUUGGGUGGAUGAGGAGAAAUGGCACCAGCUACAGCGGACACAGGGAGACUCCAAAUUCACCAAAAACCUGGCGGUGAUGAUCUGGGGCACUGAAACCCUGAAGAACCGCAGCGUGACUGGUGUCGCUACAAAGAAGAAGAAAGAUGCCCUGCCCAAACCACCGCUCUCACCAAGCAAGCUCAAAAUUGUCAGAGAGUGUCUGUACGACCGCGUGUCUCAAGAGACAGCCGACAGCGCAGAGAUCACCCAGCGAUUAUCCAAAGUGAACAAAUACAUCUGCGAAAAGAUCAUGGAUAUCAACAAAUCCAUCAAGAACGAGGAACGGCGAGAAUCCAAACUCCUCAUCCAGCAGACGGUGAAGAUGGAGAACUUUCCGUACGACGGCCUGUAGGGGGCGCUGAAGUUGUCACCAUAGCUCAUUCUACUCCUCAAGGACUUCUGGUGGAGAAGGUGCACGUAAUCACCGGCGCUGCCAAUUGAGAUUCCCACUGAUGCCCUCCCAAGCCCUCUCUGUCUUUUACUCUCGCAGCCCCUGUUUUACAGCCUGCCUGACAGUUUUACCUCUCUCCACGCUGCUUUUGCAUGCCGGUGUGCAUUCUGUGAGUGAAUGGGGGUGGGUUUUUGUAAGCUUUGAUUGGGGGGGGCGGGGUCGGAUGUCAUGUGUGAUAGACAGGAGCAAUCCUUUAAAUAGUGUGCGAGAAAAAUGUGUUUGGCACAUCAGCUUGUGUUCUGUGUCAGAACAUGUCCUAAAUGUACUAAAGCGGUAAAGUCUUCUUGUUUCAGGGGAGUGUUUUUGGAGGUGUCAUAAAUGCUGGCUUAGAGGUGGAGUCUUUAAGGGGGAGGUAGGUCACUUCACAGGGACCAUCUGCUAAAGGUACUUAACAUAAAGAGUUGCACUUUUAAACAGGGUCACACCCUGCGUAGUCUUAAUGAACGAUUGAUUUAAUUAAUCAAUCUAGGCCUAAUUGCUCCCGUUAAUUGCUUUCCUGAGAUGACUACUGAUGGUCCGUUCUCGUUCUCGAUGGUUGUUUGGGGUGGAGAGGUCGCAUGUAGUCAGUGGUGCUAAACAGUUGUCCUGAAUAAGUGAUGUUUUUUUCUUUAGUUUUUUGUAAAUCAUCCACAAUUUUUUUUCUCAUAUUUUUUUAAAGAUAUAUUUGGAGUUUUCAUGAUCAUCCAUACAUUAAUUGGGCAUCAUAAAAUAUUGGGUCACAAUUUAUUUUGAUUGUCCAUUUGUUGAAUGCAAGUCACAUUGCAUCUACUUGCCAACUAAUUCUCAUCAGAUUAUAUGUAGACUAUUAGGUUGGGGUUAGGGUAAGUUGACAUGCACUUGCAAAGUUUCUUAUAGUCAGUUAAAUGUCUGUUUAGCAGCAGUAUCAACAGAUUUUAAGCAGACAGUCUACUAAUACUCAAAGUGUUACCAAAUAUUGACAUUUAAUAUAUUCGAGUAUUUUUUCUGGAAUUCGGUACCAAUCGAUACUCAGUCAGUAAGUUUUAAAAACACCCAUUUCCCGCUAACAUUUGAGUGCUGCCGAGCACGUUCUUAAACAUUGCUGAUUUGCCAUUGUGUUCAAGUGCUCAACAGAAAUUACUCACCACUGUUUACUGAGUUUAAGUACAGAUACAGGGACACUGAAGUGUUUCAAAGUCACGUCGAUCAGCUGGUUUGUGUAUAAGAUGACAUACGAGCGAUCUGCUGGUGAUAAAUUGCUCCAGUGUCCCUGUAUCUGUGGUUACACUCAAUAAAAAUCAGUGAGUUCCGUGAAGUGAGACCUUCACGGCCAAUUACAGUCAUUUCUGUUGAGCACGUGAACACAAGGGCAAAUCAGCACUGUUUAAGAACGUGCUCAGUAGCGCUCAAAUGUUAGCAGAAAAUGGACAUUUUAAAAAUUUCUGUAUCGGUUGGUACCGAAUUCGAAUUUCGUGCAACCCUACUUGUACCUUGGUUUAGACCUCUGUAUGAACAGUAGAGAUGCACCGAUAAUAAGUUUCUCAACAAAUAUCGAAAGCCAGUUAUUCAAAGUGAUAUCUGCCAAUGCAGAUACUAAUAGUUUUGUGGAUCUUUUAAAUGAAUGACAUUCAUGACUGUAUUACAGAGCUCAUGCAGUCUUGCUUGAGUCAUACAUACUGGAAGUUAGAGGGCGUACUCAUGCAGAGUCUUAACAAACGAGCCUUGGAAAGGCUAUUUUAUUACAUUCCAGCACAACAACAAAUAAAUGCAGCUUUUACUGCAGCUGAAUGACAUUCAGAUAUAGUUGCUUGAUUGAUUGAACAUGAAGACAAUUACAAUAUUAUGUGGUUUAUCUGUGUUUUUCAAUCCAUCUAGUGUAUUUUCAUAAAAGGUUACAAUUAAUGUUUCAAAGAUAAUAUAUUUUCCAUCUCAUUUUGGGAUAAUUAAUUACUUUGAUUAUAGAAGGAGGUUAUUUUAAGUAAUAAACUUAUAUAGUUAUUUAGUUCAUUUUGGAGCAAAAACAUGGUUUUAAAUCUCAUAAUAAAUAGUUGAUGCUAUGUUUAGCUAACAGCUGGCAACUAGCUCUCUGCAACUCUCACAUGGUCGCCCACUAAAGCUAAGCAGGGCUGCGUUCGGUCAGUACCUGGAUGGGAGACCACAUGGGAAAGCCAAGUUGCUGCCGCAACUGGUGUUAGUGAGGCCAGCAGGGGUCUGUGUGGGUCCUAACGCCCCAGUAUAGUGAAGGGAACUCUAUACUGCUCAGUGAGCACCGUCUUUCAGAUGAAACGUUUAACCGAGAUCCUGACUCUCUGUGGUUGUUAAAAAUCCCAGGAUGAAGAGAGUAGGGGUUUAACCCCGGCAUCCUGCCCACUGGCCUUAGUCCGACAUGGCCUCUUAACCAUCCCCAUAUCAUAAUUGGCUUCAUCUCCUCUCUACCAAUCAGCUGGUGUGUGGUCUAGCACAUAAUGGGCACAUAAUGGCUGCCUUUGCAGCCAGGUGGAUGCUGCAAACUGGUGGUGGAUGAGGAGAUUCCCCCCAAUGUGUAAAGAGCUUUGAGUGUCUAGAAAAGCGCUUUAUAAAUGUAAGGUAUUAUUAUUAUUAUUAUUAUUAUUA